AUGUCGUUGAAACAGGAAAUCGAGACUUGGGUGGCAGCCCUGGGUCGCUACGAUAACAAUGAAUUCGAAGAGGCUCUCAACGAGUUUGGAAAAAUUGGCGACACUAGCAAGAUCCUCUUCAACAUGGGCGUGAUCCAUGCCACACUCGGCGAGCACGAGAAAGCUGUUGAGAGCUACCAACGAGCCAUUCGACUUGACCAAUACCUCGCCGUGGCCUACUUUCAGCAAGGCGUCUCAAAUUUCCUCCUCGGCGACUUCGAAGAAGCCCUUGCCAACUUCAACGACACACUUCUUUACCUCCGUGGCAAUGCCAUGAUCGAUUACGCUCAGCUCGGCCUUCUAUUCAAACUCUACUCCUGCGAGGUGCUUUUCAACCGAGGUCUUUGCUACAUCUACUUGCAGCAGAUGGAGGCUGGUAUGCAGGAUUUCUCGUAUGCUGUGAAGGAGAAGGUGGUCGAAGAUCACAAUGUUAUUGAUGACGCUAUCAGAGAACAGGCCGAGGGUUAUACUGUCUUCUCAAUUCCUGUCGGAGUUGUCUACAGACCCAACGAAGCCAAAGUUCGAAACCUCAAGACAAAAGAUUAUCUUGGCAAGGCCAGACUUGUGGCAGCUUCAGAUCGUGCCAAUGCCUUUACUGGAUUUGCAGGUUCUGAAAUCAAGAACGCUGGUAAGCUAGAGGUCAAGGAUGACCGGCCUGCCGACAACAUUUCCUUCGCCGCUACAAAUCUCGUCAAACCUGGUCUUUCGUCUCGGAGACAACAAUCAGAGCCUCCGAACAACCGAAAUGUAUUUCCGCCAACACCCCCACCCGAGAACGAGCGCCCAUCUCGUGCUGCUUCUGUUCGCGGUGGGAAGCCUCAGUUGGCUAAACUCAACAUACAGCAGGCCGAGCCAAACCGCCGGUAUGAGAAGGCAACUUCUCCACCAGAUAGCCGUUCUCGGCCCAUGCCCGCUAGAUCAGCAUCUGCUGCUAGUUCUAGAAUGAUGCAGAGGGAGCCUCAACCUCUCCAGCUAAGACCCCGGCAGAUCCCAGAGGAGACAGGGUCACCGGAGGAUGUCUAUGCUAUGUACCAGGGAGGCGAUCCUUACCGAAACUCAAGAGGGUCUACCGGCAGUCGACGCCAGAGACAACCACAGUAUUCUGAAGAGGAAGACGGAUCCGAUUAUGAGGGCACCAUCAACGAGAACGACUUCGAGAUGAUCGGUCAACGCCGAGGCCCAGGCUCUGUUUCAGGUCAACGUGGUAGCCGACGACCAGAGAUCACAAAGAUCCGUGUCAAGGUCCAUGCCGAUGAAGUCAAACUCAUCAUGAUCGCUCCUGAUAUCAAAUACGAAACGCUAGCCGACAAGGUUCGCGAUAAGUUUAAUAUUAGGCGACGAUUUAAGAUUAAGGUUAAGGACGAAGACAUGCCCAAUGGGGACAUGAUUACAGUGGGCGACCAGGAUGACCUGGAGAUGGUGAUUGAUAGUGUCAAGGAGGAAGCAAAGAAACAACGAGCAGAAACUGGCAAGAUGGAGAUUUGGAUCUUUCAACUUUAG